AUGCAAUCGAUCAUCGGCCAGACCUUCGACGACUUUGCCUCGUGCGAGGCUGCGAUACACCGUGCCGCGAGGUCCGACUCUGGCGUGCAGGACCGCACGGACCUAGACCUCCUCAACUCGAGGUGCCACCGGGAAGGCAGGCGGAUCCCGUGGGAAACGGGCAUCACCGUGGUAACGCCGCUGAACAGGAACCGGUGGAACCUCAACAUGGAGGCGAGCUUGGCGUUCCGGAUUCUGCAGCAAACGACGAUGCGUGUCUUCAUCUCCGAGCACAAGUGGAAGGACGGCCUGCCGACCGAGGAAGAGGCCAUCAUGAUGCUGAACCAGGGCGACGACAGCGCGAUCCCGGUGCCGGCCAUCUUCAUGUUCGUGGCCGGGAUGCCGGCCGUCGUGAAUCACAAUACCCAUCAGGGGCUCAAGUUGGUGAAUGGUGCCAGCUACACGGCGGUGGAGGUAAUCGUCGACAAGGCGUACCCGGGGCAUCGGAUCUCGGCCGACACGACGAUCCACUUCGGGCCGCCGGCGGCGAUUAUACUGGGGUCGGAGACGACGAAGGAUUUCCACUUCGUCGGGAUGCCGCCCGGCACGAUCCUCCUGACGCCCAUGAGCGUCAGGAUCCAGCGGAAGCGGAAGCGACCGUGGCAGCAGAACGACGUCAGCCGCAAGGGCCUGCCGUGCGCCGCCGCUUUCGUGUGCACGGAUUACAAGGUGCAGGGGGGGACUCUGGAGCGCGUCGCGCUCGAGCUGCGAGGGACGAGGACGACAAACGUCGGCGGACGCGCCGUCCCCUCGCAGUGCGACCCGUACAGCCUAAACUUCUAG